AUUUCAAACGCCAUCGAGUUUUAAACGAACCGUCCAUCAGCCGGUCAACCGUCGGAGGGCCACGAGAGCGUUAAAGAAGAUAGGGGUUUGUUUGUUUUUUUUCCGGACAAAGUAUAAUCUUUCCGCGAGGGCAACAUGAGAGUGAGUGAAGUCCACGCAGCAGAAUCUGUUGCCUACCUCAACAGAGCUCUGGUCAGGCUGCAGGAUAUAUGGGAGGAAAUUGGGAUUCCUGAGGAGCAGCGCCUACAGAGAACCAAUGACGUCAACAAGCACAUCAAAGGUUUGCUGGACUUAAUGAUCGCAGAGGAAGAAGAGCUCAAGGAAAGAUUAGUAAAAAAAAUAGAUAUCUGUCGCAAGGAGCUCAAUAAUUUGUGUGUUGAACUUCAGCGGCCCCCCUUUGAGGAGGAGGAGGGCUGCACUAUGUUGCAGAUGGAGAAGAACAGCCGCACACGCCUUGAGGUGUUGAGGGAGCACAAGAAGCAGAGAAUGGAGGAGCUUAAAGGGCUCGUUGUCAAAGACCGUGAGCUGUGUGAUAUUAUGUGCACUACCCCUUUCUGCAUUGACCACGACUCUGUCCCAUCACUCAAACAACUGGAGACAUUUCAUGCCUACCUCGAUGAUCUGACCAAAGAAAAGUUGCGUCGUCAUAAUGAAUUUGUAAGCAUAAAGAAAGACAUUAUCACAUGCAUGGAUGAUCUGGAACAGAACCCGGAGACCAGCUUUGAGAUGGAUGUGAUGUGUGAACAUGAAGAAGCAUUUUGUCUGUCAAAUGACAACAUUGCUGCUGUUAAAAUGCUUCUCAGUGAGCUCCAGGAACGCAAGGCUCAGAAUGACCUCCGUUGUUUAGCUUUUCGCACUAAGAUCCAGGAGCUUUGGGAGAGACUUCAGAUUCCCCAAGAGGAGAGGGAACCACUCUCAGAGCAUAUGGUCAAAUCAAAGAAGAAAAACAUUGAGGCACUCGAAACUGAGGUUCAGCGUCUAGAGGUGCUGAAGAUGCAGAGCAUGAAAAGUGUAAUUGAGGCCAUCAGAGCUGAGAUUUCCAUUUUCUGGGAGAGAUGCUUCUACAGCCCAGAACAGCAGCAGGCCUUUGUUGCGUACCAUUGUGAUGAUUUCACUGAGGACCUUUUUAAUCUGCACGAGGACGAAGUCAGGAUUCUGAAAAAAUACCACGAGGACCACAAAGAACUCUUUGAGGGAGUAACAAAGUGGCAGGAGAACUGGACCUUGUACUUACAACUUGAUAAAAAGGCCAAUGAUCCUGCUAGGUUCAACAACAGAGGUGGGAACCUUCUCAAAGAAGAGAAGCAGAGGACCGACCUGCAGAAAAGUUUGCCUAAGCUGGAAAAGAGUCUGAAGGCCCAAAUUGACGAGUGGGAGCAGGAGCAUGGCAAAGAGUUUCUGGUAAAUGGACAGAAGUUUCUCGACUAUGUGCAGGAGCAGUGGCAGCAGCACCACAGUGAGAAGGAGAAAGAGAAAAUGGAAAGGCAACUAAAGAAAACUAAACAGACUCAGGAGGACAUGUUGUAUGGAACAGCUGUGAAGACACCGUCCAAAAGACGGAUAGCAGGGACUCCCACUCCGGGAAAAAUAAAGAAGCUCAAUGGCAUGUCGACCAUCUCCACUCCUAACAGCUUCCUUAGCUCAGGCCUCAGUGGGACCAUGUGUUAUUCCUCCGCCCAGAAACCACCACUGUCUGCCAGCAAGGCCACACUGCGGAGUAGUGACCAGCACUGUGCCUCACAGCAGGAGGGUCGCCAGGCAGGACACACCAAGGACAAACCAUCCAGAGCGUGUUUUGUACCUGAAGCAUAUUAUGCAAACAGAUAGUCCUUUUUGUUUUUUACAAUAUGCAGUCUUAUCAUUAGAUGUCAGUAUUUCUUACAAACUGGACCUUUUAAUAUUGUAAACAUGUGUAUACUUACCGUUUACUUUGGUAGUUUUGAUGUUGCAUCUAUAAACCUGUUGUGAACAUCCUAUCAUCACGCAUUAUCAUUCUGGAUGGUCUUG